AUGGCAGCACCGGCAGCGGCUGGCUUCGAUCCAUAUUCCGAAGAUUUUCCGCCGAACAGCUUGUUUUCGUCGAUUAGUUUCGUCCUAACCAGUGCCAUCUUGAGCUCCGCAUCCGACCGGCUCUCUAGCAUGGUGAGCGGUGGUCCAAGCACAUCGGCGCAACGACGAACAAAUCCGGGAGGUGGCCUAUCCGAUCCUGGACCUUUGGACGGGUCAAGAGACUUCAAUGUGCUGGUGACUUGCGCUGCGAAACAUACUCACGAAAGGAAAAAGAUACACAUUCGUCAUAGUCUGCCUCGAGCCUGCGAAGAACAUCCCUAUUUUCUGCAGUGCGAUGACGUAGAAAGCGUCGGCGUGCUUCGCGGAGAACGUUGCGUCGGUUUCGAAGUGCAGGGUUCCACCAAGGGUGAUUGUUCGAGCGAUGGAUCGGAACCGGAAAGAAAGCUAGGAGGCCCACCGCGAGACAGCUUCGAGGAUUACUAUAAACAUCUGAAGAUUUGUCCGGAAGAUGAAUGGGAUCAGUUUACGGGAAAGCAACGGGCACCUUUGCCAAUCGUGUUCCGCCUUACCUGGCCGAAGCGCUAUGCGCAGCGUUUGCUGCGGGUGUUGAAGGAAAACUAUUUGGUUCAAUAUGAUAAACUAGCUACUGAACUCAGGGAGAAAGGCGAAGAAGUACCGAAACUUGUAUGUCUCUCGUGGUACCCUGACGAAUUGGCUUGGCAAUUUGAGCUGCCCCCCGCAGGCAGUCCUUUGUCGGAACUGUUGGAUAAACUGCACGAAUUUGUGAUCUCCGAGCAAAUAUCAUCAAAUAUUUUUGUGCAGGAUGCUAUUUCGAUGAUUCCGCCCCUGCUGUUGGGCGUGGAGUCUCAUCAUAUGGUGCUGGAUAUGCGCUCAGGUACGGGAAUGAAAAUGACUCAGUUGAUCGAAGGUCUGCAUAGUGGUGGUAGAGAAACCGUUCCCAAAGGAUUUCUUAUAGCCAACGAUGCCGAUCAACGUGCUUUCCAGUUAGUUCAUCUGGCCAAGCGUCUAGGUUCGGGUGGUCUCCUAGUGACCCAGGCUGAUUUGGCAACAUUCCCAGAGCUGCAGCUAACGAACGAAGCUGGCGAAUUGGAGAAUAUACGGUAUGAUCGUAUACUGUGCAAUGUUCCUUGUUCGGGAGAUGGAAACAUGCGCCAAAGUGAGAACGUUUACAGAAAGUGGAACUUGGGGAAGGCUCACACUUUGUUUGGCGAGCAGAGUCGUGUGGUAAAGAGAUGUGCUGAACUGCUAAAGGUCGGAGGAAAGCUAGUUUACACGACCGAUUCCUUGAACCCGAUAGAAAACGAGGCGGUUUUGCACAACCUUCUGGUUCUAGCAGGAGACUCCCUAGAAAUUGUCGACGCAAGUGACUUGCUGCCAACGCUUAAGUAUAACCCAGGAAUGACCUACUGGGAGCCAACCGGUAAAAGCAUGCAGUUCUAUAAGUCUUUCGACGAAGUACCGGACAACCUUCGUCCUUCGAUUCGUGAAUGUAUGUUUCCACCAGCACCGGAGGAUGCACAAAAAUACAAUCUUACCCGGUGCAUUCGAGUGUUGCCACAUCAUCAAGACACUGCGGCCGGUUUCUUUGCGGUUAUCGAAAAGAAGAAAGAGGUACCUUGGGAGGUGAUUGAUUAUUCAGUGCAGGAUAAGCCAGAGGAUGCUGAGAUGAAGACCGCAGACGAAGCUUCGGUUGAAGCAAAGGGGGAUGCUGAGAUGAAGACCACAGACGAAGCUUCCGGUGAAGCAAAGGAUAAGCCAGCGGAUGCUGAGAUGAAGACCACAGACGAAGCUUCCGGUGAAGCAAAGGAUAAGCCAGCGGAUGCUGAGAUGAAGACCACAGACGAAGCUUCAGGUGAAGCAAAGGAUAACCCAGCGGAUGCUGAGACCGCAAACAAAGCUUCGAGUGCAGCAAGCCCUGAACCUGCUCGGUUGGUAUUUUUUGACGAUUUUAAUCCGAGUAAUCUGGUGUCGACCAGUCGAGAUAUAAAGUAUAAGAGAUACUUCUUUUGCGUGGACCUUCUGCGCAACGUUAUCACUAACAAUGAGGAUCGCAUUAAGAUACACCAGGUAGGAGUGAAAGUGUUCACUCGCAACCUGGACACUCGCGACAAAUCGGUUUCAUAUCAUAUGUCGAAUCGUGGACAUCCAAGUGUUCUUAAGCAUGUUAACAAUCGUAAGAUAACUAUUGGAAGGGAAGAUCUAGUGAAGUUGUUAAAAAACACCGACUCACGGGCAAAUCCGCAAACAAUCGGUUUGAGCGAAGCGCUCAUUAAGGAAACGAUAACUAUGGGACCGGGCAGCAUUGUACUGCAAUAUAAAGAGGAUGAUCUAGAGCUGAACAUAAUGUGCUGGCGCGGACACGAAUACUUCCUAGCGUAUCUUGCCCUAUCCAGAAAGCUGCACGUGCUGAGAUUAAUGGGAGAGGACGUUACGGAACUUGAUGAAUAUGAAUCUAUGGACCUGGAAAUAAACGGAGAUUCGGAGAUUGAAGGACUUGAAGGUAGCGAUGAAGAGGAUGAAGUGCAUAGCUAUUUUUCUCGACGUGUUAUGCCUACAAACAUAACCUCCAAAAAGGAGGGUGAAAGUUUGAUCAAUGCUGGUGAUAAAAAAAAAAGCGAAAGCGGAAGCGAAAAAUAG